AUGUCGAGAGAAUCGACGAAAAAGGAAAAAGCAAGCUACUUGACGCCAUUAAUCAGCAAACUCUUAUCAGAACCGCUUAGCUUUAAGGAAGCCCGAUUUCCGGAUUCAGUGACGAUAAAGCCGAAUUCGUACGUGAAGCUAACAUCUGGGGGAAGUCAGUCAGAUAGCACGGAGGCCGAGAAGGCGGAGAAGCAAAAGAAAAUGCAAGUAACAAAGUCGGAGUGGAAAAAAAAGAGACCGAGAUCAGUUUUGGAGGCGGUUGCAAUGUAUACAGGAAAACCAGCGGCAAAGACGGAGAAACGGCGUCGGAGAAGUGAGCGGAGAAGGGAGCGGGAGAUCAAACAGCUUGAGCGGACAAUUGAAAAGGAGAAAAACGCGAUUGCAGAGGUGAAAACAGAGCAUAAAGGUAGCAAAGAGGAAAAUAAUGCGGAGAGUGUGGAAAGCGGGAAGUUAACGAUGAGUAACGCGGUAUUCGAUGGGGAGUCGGAAAAGGACGCCGACGCGAGUGAUGCAGACUACCAGACUGCGGAUGAAGAAGGUGGAGAAAGUGAAAAUGAGGAGAGUGAGGAAAGUGAAAAUGAGGAGAGUGAGGAAAGUGAAAAUGAGGGAGAUGAGGGAAGCGAGGGAAGUGAGAAUGAGAAUGGAGACGAGGAGGAGGAUAUAGAGCAGUUAAAAAGGGAUUUGAAGAGGGACAUGUAUGAGGGAGCAGAAAAGGCAGAGGAAAACGUGAAUGAUGUGAAAAGUGAGAAGGAAGAGAAGGAAGAGAAUGAUGUGAGAAAUACAAAAGAUGUGAAGAAUCUAAAUUCUUUGGAUGACAACAAUGUUGAAAUAAAGGUUAAAGAUAAGAAGGCUGAGGGAAAUAACGAAAAUAAAGGAAAUAAACAGACCGAGAAUCAUGAGCAAACUAAGCAGAUCAACCAAACUAAUCCGUCAAACAAACCUCCCACAAUAUCAACACCAAAUUCAGACUUCUUUGACUUGGACGAAGAGGAAGAUGACCGAGGAUCAAACGGAUCUAAACGGAUUUUCAAGUCAUGGAGACAGUUUGAGAACCGAUCGGCACCUGUGGGACUAUUAAACCAUGGAGUCACGUGCUACAUGAACUCGGCAGUGCAGGCGAUGUGUCACGUGCCAGCAGUGAUGCAUUACUUUGUCGAUGUGCACCGCAACAAGUACAAUAAAGUGAUUGGAGCACAUUCUGUGACGAAAGUGCUUGCCGAUACGGCAUGCAAGAUGUUCCAGAUUGGCCGUAAGAACGAGUGGCGCAAAGUUCUCUACAUCAACCCCAAGAAACUGAUCUACAAGCUUGAAGAAAUCAACCCGAUGAUGUCCGAGUGGCAGCAGGAGGACUCACACGAGUAUUUCAUGUCUCUGAUGUCGCGUUUGCAGGAGGAUUCGACGCCCAAAGGCGUGAAACUCAACCAAAGCAUCAUCUAUGACAUUUUUGGCGGUCUCUUGAACCAGACUGUCACAUGCACAAACUGCGGUCAUAUUUCCACAACCCAGCAGGAGUUUUACGACUUGUCUUUGGGAUUAGAGAGCUCUAAAGCGAGAGAAAGCACGCUUUUGAAUGUGGAGCAGAUGAAAAGACUGAAAGAACGAAUUUCUGCAAGUGGAGAAAACGGAAGUAGUCGGCAGGUGUGUGAUCUGCUUGAGAGGCGGAUUCAGACACAACAGGAGCGGAGGAAGAUAAAUUUAAAAGGUGGUAAUGGUGCUGUUGGCUCUAGUUUGAAUGCAGAAGCAAAAUUGGUGUCUAGUUCAAGCUCUUAUUCAAGUUCAGAUCAGGAUUUAAGUUCAGAUGGGGAUACAUAUGGCACAAACGAUGAAGCAUAUGGAACAGAUCGUGAUGCGGAUCAAGAUACGGAUCAAGAUUCUAGUUCUGAUAAUGAUUCAAAUGCCAAUCAGGAGCCAAACACAAGUGAAAAAUUAACUUCAAAAUUAACAUCAGAUUUGACAAAAUCAACUUCAAAUUCGAAUCCAGGUUCGAAUUCAGGUGCUGCCACUUCAGGGCAGGCGGAAAAUUCAGUUCAGAAGCAAAAUCCUUCGCACAGCAUUCAGCAGCAUGCACAGCUGCCCAAGUAUUCCAUCGACCGGUCGAUCGGCCAGUUUUUCUCCCCUGAGAUGAUCCGUACCGACAAACGCGACCAAAGCGGGUACGUGUGCGAAAAAUGCAACAAGAGAACUGCGGCAGUUAAAAUUUCCACCAUCUCGCGGGCACCGGAAACUUUGACGGUCCAUUUAAAGCGGUUUCGGUUCAACGGAACCUCUUCCAUGAAGGUGAAGGCCACAGUGUCCUACCCGGACGUGCUUGAUUUAUCCGACUACACGACCACCCGCGAAACCCCGGUGAGGUACCGGCUAAUCGCGGUAAUCCUCCAUGAGGGCCGCUCGGUGUCUUCGGGCCACUACGUGGCGCACUGCAGGCAGCCUGACGGCACUUGGGCCACGUACGACGACGAGAUUGUGCAGAAAAUCAAGCCGCGGGGGGCGUUGAACGACCCAAGUGCAUACGUCCUGAUUUAUAGCCGGCUGACCCUCCGCGGUGUGCCCGUUGUGCCUUUCGCGGGUGUGCCCCAGAAAAGGGUGCGGGGUCAAGGCACCCAGAAGCGGGGUAGGAAAAAACGGAGACGGCGGAACUGA